AUGGCGACGUAUUUGUUCAACGGCGACGUGGCGGACCGGGGCCCCAGCAGCCUCGAGAUCUUCUUCGUGAUCUUCGGGUUCAUGUGCGCACGCCCGGGAUCCGUCUUUCUCAACCGCGGUAACCACGAGGACAAGUUUCUGAACGAGCGAUACGGCUUUCACGCGGAGUGCACCGGCAAGUACGGCAAGAGAGAUGGGGGCCGGAUCUUUGACACGCUCACGCGCCUCUAUACUUUGCUGCCGCUCGCCACCGUCCUGGCCAAGCAGAUCUUCGUGGUCCACGGGGGUCUGCCGCGCCGGGAGCACGCGCUGGCGCUGCUGCGGGCGGCCAACAGCCUGAGGCCAAAGGCUUUGCCCUUCCACUGCGAGGACGCCCACGAGCAGGUGAUGAUGGAUUUCCUUUGGAGCGACCCCUCAGAAACCCCGGGCAUCACGCACUCCGUCCGCGGGUCGCAGCAGAUUCGCUUCGGGCCCGACAUCACAAGGCGGUUCCUGGAGGAGAACAGUCUGCGGCUUGUGGUGCGAUCGCACGAGGUCCCGCCCAACAGGGACGGCUGCCAGGUGAUGCAUCAGGGCCAGCUGGUCACGGUGUUCAGCGCCUCCAACUACGGGAACCAGCAGAACCGUGGGGGAGUGCUCAUUUUCACCCAGACGGACCGAGGUCUGCAGCAGGAGAUGGCGCCCUUCUGGGCACCCCUGGACCCUCAGGAGUUCCGAGUGCUGCAGGAGCUGCUGCAGGCCUCCCUUGGCCAAGGCCCCAAGCCGGAGACAGUGCGGCCACAGCUGCAGGCCCAGGAGCAAUCUGCGCAGCAGCGGGUUUGCCAGGAAGAUCCCAGGCAAGAGAGGCUGCGUCAGUGGAUGUACAGGGAAGCGGCCUGUAAGAUCGUUGAGCAGAAGCCAGCGCUGUACAACUACUUCUUCCAUCGUGACAGGAGCAAGGACGGCUUCAUUGAGGUGCAGCACUGGGCGCGGGGCUGCCAUCAGAUCCUCGGGGACUUGGGCUGGGACGCCCUCAGAGAGAUCCUCGCCGUGGAGGAGAUGGACUCCAACUUCGUGGACUACGUGACCUUCCUGCGCCGGUUCCGUGUAAACCUCGAGGGCAACGAGGUCUCCGAGCGAUGGGCCGAGGAUCUGGUGAACCGGGUCUUCAAGAGGCUGGGUCAGAGUGAUUGGCCUCUCGAGCAAAUCCUCCGGACUUUUGACCGCGAUGGCGAUGGCACCGUGACAGCAGCAGAGCUGAGGGACGCUCUUGCGGACCUCAACGUGGGCAUCACCCGUGCACAGGCUGCUUCCCUCCUGCAGACGAUGCACCAGCAUACCAAGCGGUCCGCGUCCAGCCGAGGUGGCAUUUGCAUCACCUCCUUCCUCUCGAUCUUUGAGAUGGCGUUUCAUCCCAUGGCCAGCCGGGACGUGCCGGCCUGGGUCACCUGCGCGCUCCGGGAGUUCGGGAAGACCAUCUGGAAGGCCGGUGAGGAGGGCGCCAUGAGCUUCUUCAAGGCCUCCGACGUGGACCAGAACGGCCGUUUGUCCCUCCCCGAGCUGGCGACGGCUUUAGAGCAGCUGGCCACAACGUACGGGCUGAAGGAUGUUGUAGGCUCCAGGACCGAGUUCCUGGAGCUGGCGCGGCACGUGGACCUCAGCGGCGAGGGCUCCGUGAACUACGCGGAGUUUGUAGCCGGGUUCAUGCCCGUUGGCCUUCUGCACGGCAGCACCUUCCAGCUGGAUGUCAUGGAAAGCAUUUGUGGCUCAGACUGUGAGAUGUUCGGGGAUUGUCUGAACGUGGAAUUGUGGGACCCCGCCUUGGAUCAGCUGUCUUAG